AUGAUUGGCGGUGACACGUUCGGCCACCUGCAGUGGAGCCAGAAGCACCUGCUGGCCGCCGCCGUCGGCAACACGGUCGAGGUGUACCGGGACUGCGUGUCCACGCCGCCGGACCGACCCUACCUGCGACACCGCAUGUCGGGCAGCGUCAGUGGCUUGCAGUUCUGCCCGUACGAGGACGUGCUGGGCGUCGGACACCGCGACGGCUUCACCAGCAUACUGGUGCCCGGCGCCGGCCAGGCCAACUUCGAUGCGUACGAGAGCAAUCCGUACCAAACGAAGAAGCAGCGUCGCGAGGCCGAGGUCAAGCAGCUGCUGGAGAAGGUCCAGCCGGAGUUGAUCACGCUGGAGCCGGCAGAGCUGGGCCAGGUGGACACGGCCACUCUCCAGGAGAAGGUGGCCGCCAAACAGAAGCUGCUGUACGUGAAGGCGCCCAAGAUCGACUUCCAGCCGCGAAACAAGACCAAGGGGCGCAGCAAGGCCGGCAAGAUGGCCGCCCGCAAGAAGGGCGUCAUCGGUCUGGAGCAGAGGAAAUACCUCAAGGAAGCGAAGAAAGCGUCUCAAAAGCUGGUGAACGCGGAGAAGAAGCCGGCAAAGUCUGCUGCGGUCCAGCGGGCGGUGCUGGACAGGUUCAAGAGGAAGCCCAUGUAAAGCGGUGCUCGUCCAGUCGAAAAAUAUAUCUCUGGAAUGAACG